AAGAAGAGGUGUGCCUCGCGUACAGUUGUUGGCCUACACAUACUCUAAGAUCAGGAAGUAGGUGAGAGACGGUAGGACAUACUUGAAAAGAGAAGUCGGAGAAAAAUCCUCUAAGCCUCAGCAUCCAGAUGAGCAGCACAGAGCAAGCCGAUGUCAAUGGCGCCCCCUGUGCCAAGCGUAGUAAACUUCGCCCGAACCCUCCAGAUCAGGAGUCUACCUUCGCCAACCUGCGUAAGGUGAAAGACUGGCUGCAGCCCUUCCAUUUGUCAGAGAAGACACUGCGUGAUGUGUCGGCCCGUCUGCACAAGGAUCUGAUCCGGGGACUGGGCAAGCACUCGCACCACAAUGCACCUGUCAAAAUGCUGCCCACCUUCGUGAGGGCCACUCCGGAUGGCACAGAGAAGGGGGACUACCUGGCGCUGGAUCUGGGCGGGACGAACUUCCGCGUGCUUCACGUGCGGGUGGUGGAGGACGAGCAGAGGGUGCUGAAGAUGGACAGCAAGAUCUGCGCCAUUCCUCAGGAGAUCAUGCUGGGCCCUGGAGAGAAGCUGUUUGACCACAUCGCCGCCUGUCUCUCUGAGUUCCUGGAGUCGCUGGGCCUUAAGGACCAGACCCUUCCGCUGGGGUUCACCUUCUCCUUCCCCUGCGAGCAGAUAGAAAUCGACAAGAGCAUCCUGAUCAGGUGGACGAAGGGGUUCAACUGCUCGGGAGUGGAGGGGCAGAAUGUGGUGGCGCUGCUGAGGGAGGCCAUUCGCAGGAGAGGGGACUAUGACAUCGGCUCUGUUGCCAUGGUGAAUGACACUGUGGGGACCAUGAUGAGCUGUGGAUAUCGAGACAGGAGCUGUGAAAUCGGCAUGAUAGUCGGGACGGGAACGAACGCAUGCUAUAUGGAGGAGAUGAAGAAUGUGAAGAGGGUGGAGGGGGAGGAUGGGCGCAUGUGCAUCAACACAGAGUGGGGGGGGUUCGGGGACGACGGCUCGCUCAGAGACAUCCAGACAGAGUUUGAUGUGGAGGUGGACCGCAAGUCGCUCAACCCAGGUGUACACACGUUUGAGAAGAUGAUCAGUGGGAUGUACCUCGGGGAGGUGGCGCGGCUGGUUCUCAUCAAGCUUGCCCAGGAGAACAUGCUUUUUGGGGGGAAGAUCUCUGAUGCCCUCCGUACACCGGAGAAAUUUGAAACCAGAUACAUUUCUGAAAUAGAGAAAGACGACACAGGACUGAGCCGCGCUCAGGAGAUCCUGUCGGAGCUGGGGCUGCCGGCUGGUCCCGAGGACUGCGAGAUUGUGCGUUUGGUGUGCGCCACCCUGUCCACCCGCUCUGCCCAGCUCUGCGCUGCGGCCCUGGCAACCAUCGCCAACCGCAUCCGUACCAACCGCAAGCUGGACCAUCUGCGCACUACUGUGGGGGUGGACGGCACGGUGUACAGGAAGCACCCCAAGUUCAGCCAGCGACUGCAUGAUGCGGUGCGCAUCCUGGCUCCCAAGUGCGACAUCCGCUUCCUGGUCUCGGAGGACGGAAGCGGGAAGGGCUCUGCCAUGGUGACCGCUGUUGCCCAGCGACUGGCUGCGCAGUCACACCUGCUGGAGGAGAGCGACGGGGACGAGGACAGCGAGGAGGAUGAAGAGGAAGAGGAAGAGGAAGAGGCAUGAAAACUAACUCUGCUAGAGGAGACACCAGAAAUGCCACACAGUUUUACAUGUCUGUUUAAAGCGUACCAAAGUGACAGUGCAAGCAGUACCUGCCCAGAAAUGCAGCCCAAUUUUAAUGUGUUUGUGUAGGGAACAACUGCCCAGAGAGGUGUGCCUAUGUGUCAUUUUUAAGUAUUCAUCAGGUUUGGCAAACAUAUACACCUGUUUACAUCACUGACUGGCUGAUUGAGCAAUGUUUAAAAGUCAUAAAAAUUAAAAGACAAUUAAGUUAAGGACAGCAAAGUCGUGACUGAUAUACUUUCAUGUGCUUAAACUGUUUGCUGAGAGAUUUUGUUUAUCAAUUUGAAAAUGUUUUCUAUAAAUUAUGCCCUUAGAAUCUGGAUCUGGACGUCCACAUUUUGCUCAAAAUGGGUGGGGUAGAAUGCACUGACUUUGGGACAACGUUAAUUUGCACUGAUAUUGAGACCUUCUUUUUUUUUUUUGCUUUAAUGUUGCAGACUACUUCACAGAUUUUACUGGCCCUUAAACUGGAGGGGCUCAGGCCCUAAAAAGUGUUGUGUUUUUGAAUUGAUGGACCGGGUGAAGUGUGGGGAUUGUUGGGUGGAGAGGGUAAAGUGGUAAUUUUUGGGUGGAAUUUUUGGGAAUUCUUAUAUUUCCAUGAAAUGAACAACCUGCCUUUCAUUAAAAUACAUUAGUCUACAUUACAUUACAGGCAUUUAGCAGACGCUCUUAUCCAGAGCGACUUGCACAACUUUUUACAUAGCAUUUACAUUGCAUCCAUUUAUACAGCUGGAUAUAUACUGAAGCAAUGCAGAUUAAAUUCCUUGUCCAAGGGUACAACGGCAGUGUAUCUACUCAGGAAUCGAACCUGGGAUCUUUUAGGUUACAAGCUCAGACCCUUAACCAUUAGGCUACACUGCCGCCCAUAUUGUAUGUUGUGAAAUGCAGCUGGUCUUUUUAAAAUUCUGUAUUCACAAGAUGAAUAAGAGCUGAAAUUAUGGGAUACUUAAAGUUCCUCUCACCUCGUGUUCUGGGGAAGUGUUUGACCCGGGACUCUGCUUUGGUUUGUGCCUCUCGAUAUGAACGCACAAUUACAGAUUUAGGAAACAGAUAAUAUUUCAAGAUGACUAAUAAUGGCAGAAAUAAAUUUGAAUGUAAAUGUGUUUCUCUUGAUCUUGAUGGAAAUUAAAAUAGCAUGUAUCAUCA